AUAUGUUUGUUAGCCAAAACGUUUGCAUCAAUAUUCUUCCCACUCUCUAACGGAAAACUUCCCAUCUUCCCCCACCAUAUAUUCUCUUCCCAUGUCUCUUUCCACUUCUUGUCUUCAAUAUUGUUAGCUUGUUUCUCUCACCUUUUCUUAUAUAUAUAUAUCCCUUUUCAUCUUCAACUUUUCUUUGAUAUAUAUUGUUAAUUUUCAUAUAGCCUUGAGUUGAUCAUAUAGAUCAAAGCAAGAAGAAGGGUUUCUUCUUGAAUUAGGGUUUCUUCUUCUUGAAUUAAUUAUAAUUCCUAUUCUUGAAUUAGGGUUUCUUCUUCUUCUUCUUAUUUUUAGCUAGGAAGAUAUAUUAAUAUGUGUAGUAGAGGCCAUUGGAGACCAUCUGAGGAUGAGAAGCUUAGGGAGUUGGUGGAAAGCUAUGGACCUCAUAAUUGGAACGCCAUAGCUGAAAAUCUCCGAGGAAGAUCAGGGAAAAGUUGUAGGUUGAGAUGGUUCAAUCAAUUGGACCCAAGAAUAAACAGAAAUCCUUUCACGGAGGAAGAAGAAGAGCGUCUUAUAACUUCUCAUCGGAUUCAUGGUAAUAGAUGGGCGGUAAUUGCAAGACACUUCCCCGGACGGACUGAUAACGCUGUAAAGAAUCAUUGGCAUGUGAUGAUGGCGAGGAUUCGUCGAGAAAGGUAUAAGAUCUAUGCAAAAGGUCCUCUUGAUCAUCACACAAUUUUCUCUUCAAAUGAUCAUCAAACAAACUUUGAGAGAACAAAUCUCCACUCCUUUGUUGAGAAGUAUCAUGAAAAGCAUAAUCACCCUCGUGUCUCUCAUAGCUCUUUCCAAUUUCCUAAGUUUCACUUUCAUGGUCCAAAUUCUUGUUCCACAAUGCUUCAAGAUAAAAAAAGUCAAUCAAUUGAGUUCUAUGAUUUUCUUCAAGUAGAUUCCAAUAAAAGUGAAGUAACUGAUAAUGCUAGAAGAGAUGAUGAGGAAGUCAAUCAAGAUGUUAUGGAACUGAAGAACAAGGAAAACAAUGUUCAAUUCAUUGAUUUUUUGUCUACCGGAAGUUGCAAACAUAGUUGCAAAAUCAAGUGAUUAUCCAACCAUUUGUAUGAAUUGAGUUUGAUUAAUUAGAACAAUAUCUCGAUCUAGGUGAUGAUCAACACAUUUAAGUUGUAACUAAAGCACUAAUCACACACAUAUAAUGUAUUUAAGGACAUGUAUGUACACUUGUAACAUGUAAAAAGAAUUGAAAAUUACAACCAUUCUAUUGCAAAAUUUGUGGAAAAAUA